GAUAUAAACUAUAUAAAGCAGAGACUCCGAAUGACUCUCUUCUUCGCUCUUCACGCCCUGCUAUUUGUGUGGUCUUUGUAAGAAAAUGAAAAUGGCUAUCUGAAGAAAAACGAACGAAACCCUAGAAACGGAGAAGAGGUGUUAAUUAAAUGCAUUUGGAAGCGUUGACAAUGCUUAGCUGAUGGAUAUCUUAAUUUGGAUCUUGACAGAGAAUUCAAGAAUAUGAGUAAUUUGAGUUUUUAAACGUUUUCGUUGGGUCUUUAUUGAGAAAGGUUUACAGAGUUUGUUGAAGUGACUAUAAUGGUGGCAAUGUGUUUUGGUAGUUUCGUUUUCUUUGCUGGAGUUUGGUGGAAGGUUAAAUUAUUGGGAUAUUUGAGUUUUAAAAGGAUGAGUUGAAGUACAUGCAAUGGGAACAACGGAAGAUUUGGAUACACGAGAUGGUGAAAAACUAUCUCAUUCUGCCGCCUUGCAGCAAAUUUCUGAGGAGGCGUUUAGAGCGGCUGGCCAAGUACUAAAUAAUAUUUAUGCGGGCAGUUCGAACGUUCCACCAGUGGCACCAGUGGUACCACCAGGGCAUCGUCGUUGUCAAAGUGAACUUUCAACUAAACGCUCUAACAGUUUUCAGAGAUGGAAGGCUCAGAUGCAGAAGGCUUGGCGAUGGGGUAACGAUACCCCUGAAAAGAUUUCUCGUUCAAUAUUUAACCCUGAGGUCCUGGCAAGCCAAAAGCGUCAGUGGUAUCAACUGCACACAAAAAUUCUGGAUCAUAAAAAGUACAAGGAGCCCACCUCGCUUUUUGAACACUUUCUUAUAGUGGGUCUUCAUUCAGAUGCUAAUCUUGAUGCUGUUGAGGAUGCAUUUGCCAAAAGGAAGAUAUGGGAAUCAGAGAUGGCUAAAUCAGAUCUCAAAAAGCUACAAUAUCGUGGGCCUUCAAUUCCAACAUUUGAACCUCAGAUUCUUUUUCAGUAUCCUCAUGGAAGGAAGUUUGCCGUGCAACCAAAGGAUUUGCUUGCCUUCUGUUUUCCUGGAGGUGUCAAGGCUCGCUUGAUGGAGAGGACUCCGUCAAUGAGUGAUCUAAAUGAGAUUGUCUAUGGACAGGAGCAUCUCAGCAGAGAUGAUUUAGCAUUUAUUUUUUCCUUGAAGGUGGCAGACAAUGCAACUCUUUAUGGUGUCUGCUUACAUGUACAGGAAAUUGUUCAGAGGCCACCUAGUAUUUUAAGUGGUGCCUCAUCUCUUUCUCAAUCUUCUGGAGGGUGCAGCCGUUUUUUGGUUUCUGCUCCUCGCUGUUAUUGUGUGCUUACUAAGGUUCCUUUUUUUGAAUUACACUAUGAGAUGCUGAACAGCAUUAUUGCACAAGAGCGUUUGGAUAGGAUAACACAAUUUGUUAGUGAAAUGACCCUGACAGAGUGCGUCUCCCCAGUGGUAAAGACACAAGACCGCAUGAAUGGCAGUAUUUACUCUCCUCACAAGAACUACACUAGCGAUUGGAUGGCUUCAGCUAUACCUGUUGACAGUGCUGUAGCCCUUUCUGCAGUUGCCGCAGGACUCAUAUCAGAUGAGGAGAUCCCUUCCUUGUCACUCAGGUCAUGGGAACCUCAAUCUCCUGAAAGUUUUUCUACUAGCGAAGCUUCCGACUUUGGUCAAGUAAGAGAAAUAGACAAAGACACUAGAAAAAAUGUGCAAUAUUUUGAUGAUUCAUCUGAGACCUCUGAAAGCCAUUCAGAUAGCUUAGAGAGAAUGUCUGGAAGCUAUGAAAAUGGUCAAUCUUCCCCUGAGAUUUGGACGUUACCCACUUCUAGGAGCCUUGUAUUAGAGCGACUUGGAAGUUCUGAAUCUUUACUCAGUUCAGUAAGAAGCAUGAGGUUCGAAGAUGAGGAUGAUGAGAAUGUCGGGGAUGAUGUAAUAAUGGAAUGGGCUAAGGUACAUAAAAAUGAGUUGCUACAAAUAGUUUGUGGUUAUCAUGCCCUACCUCUACCAGCACGUGGAAGUGAAAUAAUUUUUCAGCCUCUUGAGCAUCUACAGGCUAUCAAGUACAACCGACCCGCCAUUUCUGCCCUUGACUUCAGUGGAAAUUAUCCUGAUAUGAAAUUGCAGGGUUCACUACAAGCUGCUGAGUUUAAUGCGAGGUUAGCUGCUGCUGAGGAAGCUUUUGCAUUAUCAAUAUGGACUACAGCGACAGUCUGCCGAGUUCUAUCCCUUGAAAGUGUAAUGCCUUUUCUAAAACUACAGGUUUUGGCUUUACUAUCAGGAGUUUUACUGGAGAAACAAGUAGUGGUUGUGUGCCCAAAUCUGGGUGUGCUAUCUGCUACUGUGUUAUCACUUAUUCCCAUGAUACGUCCAUUUGAAUGGCAGAGUUUAUUGCUUCCAGUUCUACCCAGAAAAAUGCUAGAAUUUCUUGAUGCUCCAGUACCUUUUAUUGUUGGUAUACAACACAAGCCUGCAGAGCUGAAGAUGAAAACUUCAAAUCUUGUUCACGUUAAUAUAUUUAAGGACCAGGUGAAGAUGUGUUACUUGCCUCCCCUUCCUCGACAUAGAGAGCUCGUCUCUGAAUUAGGUCCUAUCCACGCUAGAUUGUCAUGUGAAAACUCCAUAGCUAAAAGGCAUCCUGUAUAUAAAUGCAAUGAAGUGCAGGCUGAAGCUGCAGCAAAGUUUUUGAAUGUCAUGAGGCACUACUUCGAUUCCCUUUGUUCAGAUUUGAGGUC